AUGAUGACAAGACGUAGUUCAUCAAGAGAUUGGUACUGCAAACACAAGUAUGACCGCGAGGGCGGCCUGGAUGGAUACCAUUAUGUCCAUUUGGAUGGCCGGUACUUUUCCCAAAACCCGGAUGGAAGUAAAGAGACCAUAAAUCCCAUAUUGAAGGAAGCCUUCUACACUCCACCAGGAAGCAAUCACCAGAUAGAGUGUUCAGAUGAAGUGGAUUGGGAAGAAUUGAAUGAAAUACCCGACCUUUGCAUCGCAAGGGCCUCUGUAACUCACGAGGCUGUGGCAAAAUUCAUACAGGAAAUGAAGAGCCGAGCAGACAGGACCAUUCAAAUCGAUCGCACUAAGAACAGAAAGAUCUGUGCAAGGAUGCUAAAAGGAAAGGAAACUGCAGAUAUGGAGACCGAUGACGAGGCCGAAGAGACUGAGACUGAGACCGAGGAAGUGUCGGAUGAAGAGGGGGCCACCAAAAAGCAGAAGGAGAACCAGCAAAGGAACGAUUGCGAGGAAGAUCACACGCCGCAGGAGACAGUGGCGCACAGAAAGACAUUAACACCCGAGGACCAGAUGCUAAGGGCUGUGACGCCAAUUUCCGCUUUGACAUCGGCCCAUGAGUCAACCGAUGAGCACACGAAUUUAGGAGAGGCUGACGGUACAUCUUCUCAAAAGCGGAAGGCCAUUGAAAUGGAUGACGGCGAGGACGAGACGAUGAGGACCCCAGCUGCAAAGAGGCCGAACACUCAUAGGAGACGCGAGCCUGAGCUUACCGCUGCCCAAAGGCAGGAGCAGAAACAAAUCGCCAAUAGGAGGAAGCGAGAGCGCGCGAAGACGAGAAAGGCGUUGGCGAGAUAG